AUGGCGCCCAGAACAAUUCUUCUCACAGGCGCAAGUCGGGGAAUUGGCCUUGCAAUUGCCCAGAAACUUCUGAAGGAAAAACAUAAUGUGGUACUUGUAGCUAGGACUGCAGGACCUAUGGAGGAACUGAAGAAGCAGUAUCCGGAACAGGUGGAAGUUGUUGUGGGGGACUUGAGUGAUUUUAAGGUAGGACCACAAGCCGUCGAAACCACCAUCAAACGAUUCUCCAAACUUGACAGUCUAAUCGUCAACCACGGAACCUUGUCUCCAGUAAAACGUAUAGCCGACAGCACCCCCGAAGAAUGGCGGGGUCUAUUUGACGUCAAUUUCUUCAGCGCCCUAGCAUUCAUAACCCCUUCAAUUCCCCAUCUGCGCACCACCCGCGGCACCAUCUUGCUCACCUCUUCCGGCGCAGCUGCUUCAUCCUAUAGCACCUGGGGCCCAUAUGGUUCCUCCAAAGCAGCUCUCAAUCAUCUCGCUCAGACCCUUUCAGUCGAAGAACCAUUGAUCACCAGUCUCGCCAUUAGGCCUGGAGUAGUAGAUACAGAGAUGCAAAAAGAGAUACGGGGCCAUAGUACCAGCGGCGUAAUGGACAAGAAAGAUGCCGAGAAAUUCAUUGGUUUACACGAAGGGGGAAAAUUGUUGAAAGCAGAGCAGCCAGGUGGUGUUAUGGCUGGAUUGGCUAGCGAUGAAAAACUGAGAGAUGAGGGGCUAAAUGGCAGGUUUUUAAGUUGGGAUGAUCAAUUGUUGCAGAGAUAUCGGGAGUAGGUUUCCAGUCAUAGGUGAUGGAAGGCGUAGAUGGAAAAGGGCAGGAUAAAGCACAAAUAUAGAAUAGUGUUUCUCUAUUCAUGAAAGACUAGAACAGGAUACAUGAACACAGACCAAUCAUAGUUCACCAGCAAACACGAUCUUCACUUUUAAUGAAAGGAACCAGCCAAUUACAUGUUUGUCCUU